AUGCUUGUCCUUUGGCUUGUAAUCCUCAAUGUACUUUCCAUUGACUGUGAGUCUUUAAAGGUUAAUACCUUUUACGAUGUAGAAGCAGCGUUUUCAUGCAUUGAUAGUGUUAUUAUAGACGCAGACAAAGCAACUCGAAUGCUUGCGGAUAUAACUGCGAUAUUUGAAACAUACGUCUACAAAGAUAUUCUUCAUGCUCCACCAGAGAUUGAAGGUCACCCAAAUUACUAUCAAAAAGUUGACAUUGAUGCCAUGUUAAAAAAAAUCGAUACAUCGGAGCAACCCGUUUACACGUUCUAUCAAAAUAUCCAAAACGUCUUUGCUGCGACGCACGACUUACACUUGUCAUUCAGACUUACCUCUGACAAAAAUAACACAUAUUACUUCGACAACUUUUAUGCAACACUUCCAUUCUAUUUUGACAUCAUCAAUGAAGGAAAGUCUGUUGUGUUGUUCCCAAGCACACAAAUCAAACCGUACGGUGGUGUAAUUCCAGACGAAAUCAUUGCCAAUGAAAACGUGCCAAUCACUUCUAUUAACGAUUUGGACCCACUCGCUUACAUCAGAAACUUUGCAGAGAGUUACACAUUCCUUAAGUCCAGUUUUGGAAGAUUCACAUACGCAAUGGAGACUUUACAAUUCAAAAAAUUGUCAUCAACUCCGUUGGACAUCGACUACUUGAAAACCCCAAUCAAAAUCGUCUUUUCUAAUGGAAAUACCGCCAAUGUCAAUUACCAAAUGCUGUACGCCCCUGUGUCUUCCCUUUCUAAAGCCGCACAAAAUAUCGUGAGAGAAAAAGAACAAGGCAAAACUGUGGAACCAAUUAUGGUCUCGGACAUCUUUGGCAAAUUGAAGCGCGACGACAAGGCAUUUGACUUCGAGUCUGCUGAUGGAAACUUGGCGUGUAAGACAUACACAGAACAGGACAAAACGACUAUCAACGUGAUUGUAUUGAAAACGUUCUACCCACAAAGCCAAGUCGACAAUUUCUAUGCCACUUUUAAUAGUUGUAUUGCACAGAUAGACAAUAACAAUGGACCCAUUGCGAUGAUUCUUCCGAUGAAUGGUGGAGGGUAUGGGGAUCUUGAGUCGAACAUUGAGAACCUUCUUGCCCCUUUUGAAGACACCAACUUGAUUGGCUCCGUCAGAAUAUCACCAGGCGCCGAGUUUUGUGUGAAGCAUGAGUAUGGUGCUGGAAUGUACGAUCCAGAGACGUGCAAAAUUCGGUAUGACAUUGAUUCAAAUGAUACGAUUGGGGAUUGGUACACCGAACCAGUGGUAAAUUGGUAUCAAGGAUAUUCACAUAUCCGGUCUCAAGUCUCUUUGCUUGUUCCUGAAAAUAUGUUGGCCGCUCGUUUUGUUAAAAACCCAAGAAAUCCGGAUCAAGUCAUGUUAUUCAGUGAUGGGUACUGUUACUCCGCAUGUGCGUUGUUGACGAAAGGAAUGUUUGAGAGAGGGAGCGCUAUUAAUGUUGGAUAUGAAGGUGACCCCGAAGGCGAUGUCAGUGCAUUUGAUUGUGGACAAUCGCCAACUGCGGUCAUUGGCAUGGACGAGAUGGGUUUACAAGAAGGAGAUGAAUUGGCGACAUAUGGCGGUUUUAUGAGAACAAGCUUCUAUGAAUAUUUCAAGUUUAAUUUGCACUACAACGAAGAGGUGAUUCCGCGCGAAUUCACGUUGUCUCCGGUCGACGAGAGAAUUCAUAUUUAUAAAUACUCUGAAGACAAAUUGCCAGAGUUUGUUGAUGCUGCUCGGACAAUUUAUGAGAAGUAUCAGACUCAGUGUAAUCCAAACAAUAAGUUACUCACAAAGUAUUCAAAAGACUGUGACUCUGUUAUAACUAUAGAACAUGCACAUGGUGGCUAUAUCUGUGGAGAUGAUGGGAAAUGGUCUCAGACGUGCAGAGCUGCGUACUGUGACGUGGGGUACAAGUUUGAUAUGUUCAACUCUGUUUGUGUGAAAGACGCGUGUGACAAAGAGCAGUCGAGUUCCGUUUCUUCCGAAGAUUCUGGACUGGAGGACUGGGCUAUUGCGUUGAUCUUCCUUUCAUGUGUCGUUGUGAUUGCCAUUAUUCUUGCCCUUAUUGUUAUUGUCGCCAUUUAUCUCACCAAAAAGAAGGAGAAAGUGCCUUAUGAGCCUGUUGAAUAA